GGCGCCCCCGGCACCGGCAGCGCCAUCGCCGCGAUGUCCUCCGACUUCGAGAGCUACGAGCAGGACUUCGCCGUGCUCACGGCAGAGAUCACGGGCCGCAUCGGGAAGGUGCCGAAGCUGGUAGGAGAUGAGAAGAAGCAGAUGGUUGCAAAUGUUGAGAAACAGCUUGAAGAAGCGAGGGAACUGCUUGAGCAGAUGGAACUUGAAGUUCGAGAGAUCCCACCUCAAAGCCGAGGGAUGUACAGCAGUCGAAUGAGAAGCUACAAACAAGAAAUGGGAAAACUUGAAGCUGAUUUUAAAAGGUCACGAAUCGCCUACAGUGAUGAGGUGCGGAAUGAACUCCUAGGGGAUGACGGGAAUUCCUCAGAGAACCAGUUGAUAAAAUUACGUGAAGAGAGGGCACAUCUGCUCGAUAACACAGAGAGGCUGGAAAGGUCAUCUCGGAGACUAGAGGCUGGAUACCAAAUAGCAGUGGAAACCGAGCAGAUUGGACAGGAGAUGCUUGAAAACCUCAGCCAUGACAGAGAGAAGAUCCAGCGUGCUCGGGAAAGGCUUAGAGAAACAGAUGCAAACCUGGGGAAGAGUUCCAGGAUUUUGACGGGAAUGUUGCGAAGGAUCAUCCAAAACCGGAUUUUGAUCGUUGUGCUGGCAGUCAUCAUCAUCUUCACCACCAUGAUGGCUAUUUAUUUUUCUGUCAGGGGACGCUGAUAUCUUUGUUCUUCACUAAACAGCAACAAACUGCUUGUUCUGAGUAAUUAAGACAAAGUGGUCACAUGAAUCAUUCUCUUGCACUGACAGAGUCUCCCUCUCUUUUCCACUCUUCAACUCAGGUGCAAGUGGUGUAAAAUAUUUUGUAUUAUUGAUGGCAUAGUUGAUGGCAUGUGGGGCUAUUUUUUUCUUACAUAUUUGUCCUUAUCUGAGUGUUUUCAGGAUUUUAAUAUUUGUUGGAGUGAGGGCUUGUUCUGUUAUAAAAAGAAUUAAUGUGUGUCGAAUUCACCCACAGGCAAUUGGCCUGUAAGUUGCCAGAGUUUCGUGAGGGAAGAGGGGUCUUUGCACUUUUCUUGUGCUGUGCAGGGUGUAUGAAUAUCAAGCAGUAUCUGACCUUCUGUAAUUUAGAAUAUAAGUAAAGCAGAGACCAAAUGAUGUAGAAAGUGAACCUGUCUCCUGUGGCUAACUCCCAAUCGUGCAUUAUCAUAGUAGAUGUAACCUGGUUAAGAACAGUAGCUAGUUUUAAAAAGGGAGCAACUUUAGGAUGGUGUUUAAUAUAUGACGUAAAUCCAAAACUCAAUUUAACAAUUUUUUGUUUAAAGUUAGGCUUUCUUUUCUGCUUAUUCCAAACAAUUCCCCUUUCAUCAACAUCAUGAAAACACAUCACUUACCUAAAAUGUAGUUGUGUCUACAGCCCAUCUGUUGAAUUUCUUUUAAAUCUUCCAGUGUUGAUAUAUGUACUGAUAAGCAUUACACACUAGGCCCUUAAUGAAGAUAUUUAAAAAUACUUAUCUAUUUGUUGCUGAUUGAAAAGAGAUCUUAAGUAAUAGUUCGGCAACAAAUGUGUGAUUAUAGUGCAUUAAACAAUCUAGAUUUUUAAUACUGGCCUGACUAUGUUGAGACUGCAUGUUGGAGUAUUUUGAGUGUAUUAAAUUCUGAUGUGAUAUUCCCCUUUUUAAACAGAAACUGUAAAAAUGUUAAUUUAUAUAUACUUUUAGCUGAUAUAAUAUAUCAUAGUUUCAUCUA